GAAGUGGCACAAAGGCGUAACCCUAUAGAUUGAGAUGGACUAACCAUGAAAGUAUAGUUCCAUGAUAUAACUAGACUAUAGAUCUAUCAUCAUCAUGGAACUAUGAACUAGAAGUAGAUCUAGAUCUAUAUUAGACCGUCUAGAUAUCUAGAGCUACAAUCACUAGCUCUAUCUUAUCUAUUCUAGUAUUUCUAGCUCUGCUUUUCAAACAAAAGCAUGUGGAUAACAUUUUGAAAAUAACAUUAAAUAAUUUUUUCAAUAAAUAUGGCAUGGUGGAAAACUACUGCUUUUAUAGGGUUUUUAACUGUGGCAGCACUAAGGAGAUACUUACGACUUACACGUAAAUGUCCAAGCAAAUCUAAUAUAAAUGGAAAGACAGUUAUAAUCACAGGAGCUAGCAGUGGACUAGGCAAAGCUACAGCAUUUGAAUUAGCAAGGCGAAAAGCAAAACUUAUUUUGGCAUGUCGAAAUUUAUCAUCAGCUCAAACUAUUGUCAAGCAAAUCCAGGUUAGAACAGGGAAUAGUGAAGUUGUAGCAAAAGAGCUUGAUUUGUCCUCAAUGAGCUCAAUUCAUAAGUUUUGUAAUCAGAUUCUCCUUGAAGAACAGAAAAUAGACAUUUUAAUAAAUAAUGCAGGUCUCUUCCAGUGCCCCCUAAUGAAAACAGAAGAUGGAUUUGAAAUGCAAAUGGGAGUUAACCAUUUUGGACACUUUCUUUUAACUUUGCGCCUUUUAGAUAAAAUUAAAGCUUCAGCACCUAGUAGAAUUAUAAUAGUAUCAUCCUCACUUAGCAAAAAAGGACACAUUAAGUUUGAUGAUAUAAACUGUGAACAAAAUUAUAACAAAGUGAAAGCCUACAGUGACAGCAAGUUAGCCAACUUGAUGUUUGCUAGAGAACUUAGUGAAAGAUUGGAGGGGUCUGGAGUAGAUGUAAUCGCAUUGCAUCCUGGAAUGGUUGCCACUAACCUUGGCCGUUACGUCAUACCAAGCUUUAUAAAUCGAAUUUUAUCACCCUUAUUUGUCUCACUGGGCCUGCGUGAUGCAGAUGAAGGCUGUCAGUCUAUUGUGUACUGUGCUGUAGCAGAAGAACUACAAAAACAAUCUGGUGUUUAUAUCGGAAAGGACUGUAAGCCAAGUCAAUAUCCUACCAAUGCUUUAGAUAAAAGAAACUCACAAAAACUCUGGGAAUUAAGUGAGAAAUUAACAAAAAUUAAAUAUAAUGAGUCUUAAAGAACUGGCAUUAAGAUUUUGUAAAUAAUUAAAAACAUUUUUUAAAAUUCAAAUAUUUGUGCUGUGUUUAGCCAUCGAAAAACUGUCUGUAAUUUAUAAGAUAAAAUGAAGUUGGUCAUGUAAAUGUUAUUAAUUUUGCUUUAUCAAAAUCAUCAUUUUAUCACAUUAUUAUUUGUUAUCAUCUAUAUUUCUAAUCUGGCUGCAUCAUUUGUUUUAAGUUUAUAAGUAUUAAUGUAAUAUGUUCUCUAAUAACAUUUAUUAAAUUUUAUAUGCAGUGUUCUAUAUACAUGUACUGGUAUCAUUUGUUUUCAAGGUUGUUUUAAAAAAUCCAAGAGAGGCUAAUUACUCUACAGUACCGGUACCAGUAAUUGUAAAUUAAAUGGUAUUUCAAACUACUAUCCCCUGUAUUUGUCAAGCAACUAGCAUAUUUUACACUGAGACCUACAAAACAUAUUCAAAAUGCUAAAUUUUACAUUUUAAUUACCGGCACAUGUAACCUAUUUAGUUUAUAUAUAAUUCUUAAUUUUAAAAUAGAGAUUAAUCUUAAUAAUAUGCAUUUGUAAUAAAAAUCAAGUAGGUAUUUGUAUGACAUUUGUUUUUUGUGAACAAAUAAAAUAAUUUCAUUUAUUUGCAAA